AUGGGGUUCUUUAGUAAGUUAAGCUUCUAUGCCAAAUCUGUUCUGGCAGUUGUUUUGUUAUCAUCAUGUUCUCUCUAUGGUGUGGUGGCAGCAGUUCUUCUAUCUCUGGUGGGUAAACGGCGCCUAGCCCAGUGGACUACUGCUCGAGCAUUUAAUUACAUUGUUGGGCCUGCUAUUGGGGUUAAUGUCAAGGUUAUUAAUGCUGAUAAGAUUAAAGUGCCCGCUGUUUUUGUGUCAAAUCAUCAAUCCGAGCUUGAUAUUUUAGUAUUGGGUAAGAUCUUCGUUCCCGGCUGUACUGUGACGGCUAAGGAGUCGUUAAAAUGGGUUCCGUUGUUGGGUUGGUUCAUGUAUUUGAGCGGUACCGUGUUUUUGAAUAGGUCCAAUAGAGAGAAAAGUGUGGGGACCUUGAAAUCUGCCUUGGAGAGUCUUAAAAGAGAUAAGAGAGCUCUUUGGAUUUACCCAGAGGGGACAAGAUCCUAUUCUACUAAGUUGAAAAUGCUUCCGUUCAAAAAAGGAGCAUUCCACUUAGCACAGCAAGCUCAGAUUCCUAUCAUUCCAGUUGUUGUUUCAAAUACCAGUACGUUGUUCUGCCCCAAACUUGGUAUUUUUAAUAGCGGUGUAAUGACAUGUAAGGUCUUGGAUCCUAUUUCUACGCAAGAUUUGAAGAAGGAGGAUAUUGGUGAAUUAGUAGAGGAUGUAUAUCAAUUGAUGCAAACCGAGUAUGAAAAUAUGGGUUAUUCUGAAGCUGUUCCCGGCAGCGAGUUGCCUCCAGAUGCACAAAGCCAGUUACACCCUUGCAGCAGUGGGGAGUCUGAAGACUUUAAAGAAAUUGAUGAGACUACGAGCUUACUCCAGUAA